UUUGUCAGGUUUGUUUUGAUGGAUUUCAGCGGAAAUUUUAUGCUUUGGAUCGGGAAAGUGGGAAAGUGGGAAAGUGAAGAGAUAUAGAACCUACGACAGCAAGUGAAUUGGCAGGGGCCUGUUUUUCUCAAUGAAGUGUUUCUUUGUUCAAUUCUUCAACUCAACCAGCAUAUACACUGUUGGUAUACUGUUUACCAACCGUGCGAUUCCAUCCACGGUAGUUUCGCUGCUGGGGCUGUUUUUUGCUUCAGCCUACACCUCUCUCUCUUGCUCUUUCCUGUGCCCCGACUUGCUGUGCCGACCGGGCUACCUUCAGCUUCCCAACUUCAAUAGGUAUGGCUGAAAUUUACAUUCUUAUUUCUGUUGACUGAUUUAAAAUUUGCUUGUG